CUCUGCGAGAAAACAGGAAGAGGUGUGUGCUCGUGCAGUAUACUAGGUUGUCUUUGAGUUAGGUUAAAAUACACCCUAACCUUUCAGGAGAAAUGGCGAUAGAAAACACAAUAGUGUAGAUUCCACAUGGUGGAUUCCAGAAAUCUGACGACGUGCGGUGGUUGUUGCUGAGUCAAUAUGGGCAACAGCAGCAGUGAGAGGGCCAGCGCGGGUCAGGGUGAGAGACCCUAUCAGCGAGAUGGACAAGGUACCAAGGAUGGCACACGUCCCAAGAUCAUCAUGGACAGCACAGAGGAUGCUGACCUUUUUAAUACCCAAGAUGAUAUAAAGGCUCCUCGGGAGAUCCAGGAAUUUUUAGCCUGGCAGCAAGACCUGGAGAGUGACAGGAAAUGUCCCGGUCAGGCCAGCCCCACUGUCUUUCGUUGGACCGGCGCCGGCAAAGACGUUUUUGUGUCUGGGUCAUUCAACAACUGGGCCACCAAGAUUCCACUGAACAAAAGCCAGAACAACUUCACAGCAAUUGUGGACUUACCUGAGGGAGAGCAUCAGUAUAAGUUCUGUGUGGAUGGACACUGGACCCUCGACCCGACAGGGGCUGUGCUGACGACUAAAACUGGCACUGUCAAUAACGUAAUCCAGGUGAAGAGGACAGACUUUGAGGUGUUUGAUGCUCUGAUGGUUGAUUCUCAGGAAUGUGCUGACAUGUCAGACUUCUCCAGCUCUCCACCAGGACCGUACAGGCAAGAUCCGUACAUCACCAAGACUGACACCAAGCUCAAGAACCCCCCUAUCCUGCCACCACACCUGCUUCAAGUUCUGCUGAACAAAGACACUGGCGUGUCUUGUGACCCGGCCCUGCUUCCAGAACCGAAUCAUGUGAUGCUAAACCACCUUUAUGCCCUCUCAAUCAAGGAUGGGGUUAUGGUUCUUAGUGCAACUCACCGCUACAAAAAGAAGUAUGUGACUACACUACUGUACAAGCCAAUAUAAACCAUCUUCCUCCUGCAGUACCUACAACAAAUCUAUUCCAUUAUGUUAUAAUUUUGUUUUUAUAUCAAUUAUUAAACCUUUCUCUGAUAUCUCAGAAGUAUUUUAAGAAUAUGAUCUAUUUUACAUUUCAAGGUGCAUUCUGGGAUAUUGAGUCGCUGGUUGUAAAAAUGUCAAAACUUGCUCUCAAACUAAUUGUUUUUCUAACUGUUAGUGAUUUUAUAAUGAUGUAUUAUUUACAUGUAUGUGAACACUAUAUUACACAUCCAGGCCAAAAUAUGUGGUUUAAAAAAAAUUGGUUACUUGGAAAAAGUCCUAGAAUGCAUCUUUAAGUUAUCUUAUCCUUAGCAAUUCACAGUAGUAUGUGCAUAGAUUUUCAUACCGCCCCCCCAAUGGUGAUCAAAUCUACAACCCUGGUGCCAUGCUCUUAACUGAGCUUAGCUGAGCUGCCUACACAAGACCACUUGUCAGUUUAACACAGAGAUAACAUGUUCUGUAAAGUCAUCUUCCUUUAGGUCAUGUGCCAUACACUUAUCUUGCUAUUUAAAGAAAAGGAUGACUAAUGGCGAGACAAAACCAGCUGCCACUCAUACUAAAAGCUGUGUUGACAUAAUGAUUUUGGAUGCAGCAGUCCAUACAUUUAACCUUGUCAGACUGCUUUUACAUAUUGAUUCUCGAUAAGAUGUAUUAGGGAAUUUUCCAAUAUCUUUUGCAUUAUUUUAUGCUUUAAUAAAAAUGCUGAACACAA